AUAUAUAUGAUGCUGGACGUAUCUGAAAUUUCUGCAAUAAAAACCGAAAAGUCUAUACAUAACAAAGCAUCGACGGAAUUGGAUAAGACCGAUUAUGAACAGAAAAUCGUUUGGAAAAAUGUCAUUAUUUUUAUGUAUAUUCAUAUUGCUGGCAUUUAUGGAUUAUACCUGUGUAUCUUCCGGGUUAAAUAUUGGACAUUUAUUUGGUUUACUAUUGUUGGUGUCGCCUCGGGUUUCGGUAUCACUGUUGGCGCCCAUAGAUUAUGGGCCCAUCGAUCUUACAAAGCAAAGUGGCCCUUGAGAUUAAUUCUAAUGAUUUUUAAUACUAUUGCUUUUCAAGAUGACAUUUAUCAGUGGGUUAGGGACCACCGCGUGCAUCACAAAUUCACCGAUACUGACGCGGAUCCAUAUAACGUGCGUAGAGGAUUCUUUUUCUCGCAUAUGGGUUGGCUUCUGGUUCGUAAGCAUCCUGAUGUCAAAAAUAAAGGUGCCACGGUCGAUUGCAGCGAUGUCGCACAAGAUCCAAUUGUGGCAUUUCAAAGAAAAUGGUACCUAUAUUUGAUGCCGUUUUGUUGUUUUAUCGUACCAGCGUUAAUACCUUGGUUGGUAUGGAAUGAGAGUUUGUGGUACUCGUCGCAUGUAGCAGUAUUCAGAUAUUGCUUAGGUCUGCAUUGUACUUGGACGGUGAAUUCCAUAGCACACAUAUGGGGUAUGAAACCAUAUAACAAAUCACUUACAGCCGCCGAGAAUAUUGUAGUUUCUAUUGUAGCGGUUGGCGAAGGCUGGCAUAAUUAUCAUCACGUUUUUCCUUGGGACUAUAAAGCGGGAGAAUUUGGAAAUUAUAAAAUUAAUCUUAGUACAGCUGUUAUCGACUUUUUCGCUUACUUAGGUUUAGCUUACGAUUUAAAGACGGCACCUGCUGAUAUGAUAAAGAAACGUGUUCUUCGAAAUGGAGAGGCACGUUCAUAAUAAAUCUAGUAAUUGUAUAAAAUAAAACGUAAUAUUAAUUAAUCUUUCAUUCAAAAUUGAUUUUUUCAAAAUAGUGAUCUGUGCAGAAAAAUUUACUUCAAUCCAUUUUUAGUUUCAAUGUACAAAAAAAUUUUUUAAAUUAUUCUAUCAAUUACCGAACAAUCUGUAAAUAAUGAAUGUGGACAUAAAUAAUUAUGUAUAAUUUAUAAUAUUAUACGAAACCUUGUUUGUAUUAUGUACUUAUUUUUUCAUGCGAUUUAAUGAUUGUGAACAUUGUUUUGCCUUGGCAUAAAUAAUAUGCAUGUCAUAGGAUAUGCAGAAGAACUGUUGCAAAAAUUAAUAGAAAUAAUAAUAUGUAGGACGUUUACAGAAACAGUCGAAAGUUAGCCCACAUUUUCUAUGAUACAAAUAUUACAAGUAAUUUUAAACUAAAAAGUGUAUUUGUUUAAUAGAGUUGAAUUUAUCAAAAUUAUCUUUAUAUUUUAAAACAAUCUUAAUCAAUAGUAUUGUUUUACAUCUAGAUCAUUUUCAUGUUAAUAUCGAACCGUGUCAACACGAGAUGAGAAGAUAUUCUACAUUCUCUUUCGAAAAAGGAACGUAAGACGUACGCAAUUACGAAUUUUCUAACAGCACUUCUGUAACUAGCGAGAGAUAAGUCAAAUUAAAACUUAUACAUGUAUCUUAAAUCCAAUAUAUCAAAACAAUUUGGACAAUUAAUUUAUUUUGUAAUGUAAUCGGUAUUUAGGAUCCUUUUAAUCUUCGUUGAGAAACGUUUACAUUUGAUUUUACUUAUAUAUUGCUACCCUGCACUUCGAAUUAUCCGUACGUGAAUAUCCAAUAUAUCGAUGAUUUAAUAUAAAAAUAUUAAUAAUUAAAGUAUCUAAAUGAUAUUCUCAAAAAUUGGAGAGCUAGAAAAUUUUCAGAUAAAAUAUCUCACACACGAAAUAGCUUUAUUAAAAAAAUACAAUAUAAAUCAUACAUUUUUAGGAAUACACAAUUCAUAUACAGUCAACAAUUACAUUUUUUAUUAUUUAUUUUACCAUUAUCACAGUUAAAAAUAACAGAUCAUUUACUACAGGUUGAAUAAAUUGAAAAAAGAUGUAGAGAGACAGGAUUGAUAUUUUUUUAAUACAUCAUUUCGAUUAUAUAUAAAAUAGCUUAUUUUAUUUCAGCUGAAGAAAAUGGAUUCUUAAGGCGCUAUUAAAAAUUACAAAUUUUAUGUCAACGUAAUUUAAGUACGGCAAACUACGCGUAAUAUUUGGUUUAAGUUGUCGAACAUCGCAAUGUCAUUAAUUGUGUCUAUACAAAUCAAAAUUAUUCGAGUGCUCAAAUGUAAUUAGAUUUAAUAAAAAGAUCAUAUAUAAUAUCA